AGAUGAGAGAGAGAGGACGCCGCGGGACUCACUGGAUCAAACUCUGAACUGUCCACAAACAACUUUUACAAUUUGAAUAUUUCUCCCAAGACGCAGAAAAAGCAGCGCCUGGAUAGACUGAUCUGAGUUUCUGUUUGGUGUCUGUUUGCUGAAGUAAGAUGAGUUCCGCCGCGUAUAAACAUAGAGGGAAUGGGCAACAUGACCAGGUCACCUUCCUGACGAAUGAACCAAAGAUGACAUCAGGACGGAAGAGGAGCAUCGCCGUGGGGGUCAUCGUUUCCCUGCUGGUAGUGGCCGCAGUGGUCGGAUUUCUCGUGUGGCUCUUUGUUGUCAGGAGCAAAGCAUUGGAAGAUGAGUCCACCACUCAGAAAUCCACCUCAUCCACGCUGGUUUACAGCGGACACAUGAAGCUUCUCAAACCGGAGUACAGCCCAGUAUAUGACAACCCUGAAAGUACGGAAUUCCAACAAGUGGCAAAAGACCUGGAAGGAAUUAUGAACGAUACAUUCACCACAGAUCCUUUACUUUCCAAAUACUACACCAAGUCUGUCAUCACUGCCUUCAGUGAAGGAACCUUAGCGUAUCAUUGGUCUCAGUUUGACAUUCCUGAGAUGGACCAGGAGAUCGUCCCAGAGCUGACAGAGCAGCGUGUGAUCGAGGCUCUGCAGAAGACCAUCCGACAGGAGGGCAAACGCUUCAGGAGCUUCGCAAUCACUUCCAGCGACAUCACCGCUUCACCCACAGACCCUCGGAUGGCCAGGGACCCCAGAUCCAAGAACUGCUUCUACAGUCUUGUUGCUGAAACCACCGGCAAAGAAUUUAUGUCUCCCGAACACCCUAAGAAAUACCCAGCUCACUCCCGAUGUCAGUGGCAGAUUCGCGCCCCUAAAGGCUACGCCAUCAUUGUCAAAUUCAAGACCUUCCACAUCGAGGAUGACUGUGCCAAUGACUAUGUGGCCAUCUACGACUCUCUCAGUCCUGACAGCACUCGCGCCAUCACAAAACAGUGUGGACUUCGCCCUCCUUCAAAUCCUCUUGAGGUUGUUUCUUCUGGUAACAUCAUGCUUGUCAACCUGGUCACAGACAAGGUCCAGAAACAAGGAUUCAAAGCGGUUUACUCUGCCAUUCCUACUACUACUGCUGUGAGCUGUGGAGCAUAUCUGACUGCUUCCACAGGAAACUUCACCUCUCCGCAUUACCCUAGUUUCUUCCCUCCUUUGGUGGACUGCAAUUGGAACAUCAAUGUUCCUGCUGGCAAAAAGAUAAAGAUUGAGUUCAGUAUGUUCCGUGUGAAGGAGCCAGGGGUGGACACUAACAACUGUCACAAAGACUACAUAGAGGUGCUGGGAAAAAAGUAUUGUGGGGAGAGACAUAGAUUUGUGCUCUCUAGCACCAGCAAUACCUUGGAAGUGAAGUUCCAUUCAGAUGAAUCCUACACUGAUAAGGGAUUCAGCAUCAUUUACACCGCAUUUGACCCUGUAAACCCUUGCCCUGGUAAGUUUGCGUGCACCUCAGGCUUGUGUAUCACACAACAGCAGCGCUGUGACGGGUGGAACGACUGCGAGGACAUGAGUGAUGAGAAACAAUGCAGCUGUGGUGAGGAACAGUUCACUUGCAGUAAUGGCGUUUGUAAGCCUCAGUUCUUUGUCUGUGACCGAUCGAAUGACUGUGGCGACAACAGUGAUGAGAAACAUUGCGAUUGUGGUAUUGCUGAGGAAAGGUGCGGGGAUGGCGCCUGCAUCUCAAAGGAUUAUGUAUGUGAUGGGAAAAAUGACUGUGCUGAUGGCAGCGAUGAGGUCUCCUGCUCAGGAGCGGCUGGCAUCUGCAAUGAUUUCUCCUUCAGGUGUAAAGACAAGCAGUGUGUAAACAAAGUGAACGCAGAGUGUGAUCGCGAAGACGACUGCUCAGAUGGUUCGGAUGAACAGGGAUGCGACUGUGGAGUCCGGCCAUACAAGCACAACCGUAUUGUGGGUGGGCAGAACGCAGAUGUGGGUGAAUGGCCGUGGCAGGUCAGCCUACAUUUCAAGACCAACGGACACACUUGCGGUGCCUCAAUCAUCUCCAACAAAUGGCUGCUUUGUGCUGCCCACUGCUUCAUCCAGUCUAGUUCAGCCGACUACAGAAUGCCAUCCAGCUGGCUGACGUACAGUGGUCUGCGGGACCAGAACAUCCAGGACGGCUCUGUUCAGCAGCGUACUAUAAAGACCAUCAUCACCCACCCAAGCUACAAUGAAAUGACCUACGAUUAUGACAUCUCCUUGUUGGAACUGAGCCAGCCAUUGAACUUCAGCAACACCGUGCAUCCCAUCUGCCUUCCAGCAUCGACCCACGUUUUCUCGGCCGGCAGUUCCUGCUUCGUGACGGGCUGGGGCACGCUCCGAGAGGGAGGAGUUGCUGCAAUAAUCCUGCAGAAAGCAGAAGUUAAGGUGAUUAAUGAUACAGUAUGCGACAUGGUGACCGAAGGUCAGGUGACCUCUAGAAUGAUGUGUAGCGGCUACCUCGCUGGAGGUGUGGACGCUUGUCAGGGAGACUCGGGCGGGCCUCUUGUGUGUCGUUCUGAUGUUGGCAAAUGGUUCCAGGCUGGCAUAGUGAGCUGGGGUGAAGGCUGCGCUCGGCGGAACAAGCCUGGCAUCUACACGCGUGUCACCAAACUACGGGACUGGAUCCGUGAAAUCACAUCCGUAUAGUGGAGCCUGGACCUGCAAUCAUACGACAACCAAAGAAGAACAGAAAUGUUCAGCUCUGUGAAUAUUUAGUACAGUAUGUGAGCCACACUCGCACAAUACAGCUUCGGUUGUCAUCAUUUGUGAGAAAAAAAUUGCAUUCAAAUUGAACUUGCAUACGUUUCAGACCACCUGGUUGGCUUAUCAGUAAGGUUUUUCAUAGCUGUAUCAAUCUAAAGGAGAGUUCAUCUUUAGCCAACAAA